CGGGCCCUCGGCUGCCGGCGGGCCCAGCCCAGCCCGGCCCGGCGGGGAGCGCUUCUCCGCGGCCUCCCUCGAGGCAGAGCACUGUGUGGCAGGAUGUGUGAAGGGCCAUCCAGGAUUUCUGGACCCAUUCCUCCAGACCCAGGGCUCUUCCCAGAGUAUUACAAACGGCCCCUCUCAGCUCGAGGGAGGCUGGAAGGGAAUGCUCAGAGGCUGUUUUUGACCUCCAGCUCUCUGGACCCCGUCCCCAGCCCCUGCCUGGCUCUGGGCAGUGCCCAGCCAGCCCCUCGUGUCCGCCCCAGCGGGAGGGAGUUCCUGGAGAGGGGACAGAAGGGGACACUCAGCCUCCUGCUGCAGCUCCAGGGCAUCUCCCUUGAUGGGGCAGUGCCAGCCAAGAGGAAAGAGGCCAAGGACUACGAGAAGGAAAACGUGAGGAGGAUAAAGGAGAUUCAGAGGAAGUGCAAGGAGAAGGAGCGAGCCCAGGAGCACAGCCAGCCCAAGCCUGUGAAAGCUCUCUGGAAAUCCCAGAAAUAUGAAAAUGUGGAGUCAAAGGUGAAGGCCAAACUGCAGGAGACCUCUCCACCUGCCAAUCCCGAGGCUGUGAAUUUCCUGAGGGCGUAUUCCCGCUGUGGCUCUGGGAUCAAGCCAUGCAGACCCCUGUCCCCAAGGCCUGCCAGGGCAAAAGCAGGAGCAGACACGGAGGCUCCAGAGGCACAGGGUGCUGAAACCAAGCCUGCUGGAGAGGAAGGAGCUGUGGCGCAGGCAGGCGGAGGAGCGGCUGCGGAACCUGCCCGACCCCGACACCCCCCCUGGGCACACCCUGAUGCCCGAGGGACAGCGCCUCGAGACCCUCAGCAACCUGAAACAGAGCCAGGAGCAGCUGGUGAAGGACCUGGUUCUGCUGCCCAUGCGUGGAGACAGCCUCAGGAUGCAGAAGAGGCGGGUGGAGCUCGAGAGGAAGCUCUCCCAGAUAGACGAGGCAAUCAAAAUUUUCUCAAGACCAAAAGUCUUCAUCAAGUUGGACUCCUGAGCUGGUGGGGCCAGGUGUGCUGUGCUGCUCUGCCUGAACACCCUGUGUUGCUGGGCAGGAAUGGACAUCUCUUUUUGUGAGGAAAGGAGAGGAAGCCAAGUUCCAGACCCUGGGCCCAUGCAGGUGCCAAUAGCAGUGUCCAGUGCACAGCUGGCAUCUCCUGCUCACCUUUCAGUGCUGUGUCUUGUCCACAGAAAAGGGAGGAAGAUGCCCUAAUAAAGGCCCUGCUCAGUGGUCUGGGGAGCAGUUGUCUCUGCUGCUUGGCUUCUCACAGAUCAGCUCUCUGCUCUGGGUCUGUGGCAUCACCUCUUGUUUUCCUUUUUUUCCUACUUCUAGAAACUGGUAGGAGGUCUCUUGUGCUGCUGCCUGUGGUAUUCCUUGUAUCCUCUUUCUCCUGAGCUGGACCAUGGUCAUGGCUCAUCCUGAGCACCUGAGAGCUCAGGGGACAGCCUGGGGACAAGAAGGAGGCACAGAGCUUCAGUGUUGUCUGCCCAGGGAAGGGCUGAGCUGUCAGGAGGGUCUGGUCGGAUGCCUGGAAAAGCCUUUGUUGUCUGUGGGGCAGGAGAUCCUCCAAUAAACCAUCAUUUCCAUCUUG